AUGGGUGCAGUGCCGAGCCGUGAGUCUCUGCAGCGUGGUCUCUGCCCAAUCCCAAACUACGGACAGCGACAACAAAUUAUUUUAAUUCCCCUCACAAAAGAGUUUUUUCCAUCGGCCGAUUGUCCACUGAUGGAACAGUUCUGCGAGGCCAGAAAUGACCCAUUCGUGCGUUACUACCACUGCUAUGGGGAGGACCUCACACCCAAUUCCAACAAUCAUGAUAAUAAUAAUAAUGAUAAUAACAAGAAGAAGAAGAAGGACGAGAAGAAGAAAGAAGAUUGUGAGUGUGCGAUGGAUGAAUGGUCUGCGGAGACGUUCCCAUCAUCUACAUGCACACCGGCGGCACUCUACGAUGCGUAUGUCUGCCGUGCGGGUGAGUCGCAGCUCUUCGAUACGGAUCAGGCCAUGUUCACAUCUUAUGCAGAGAACCCACAGCAACUGCGGCCCAUCCCAUGUGCUGUUGCCUUUGCCUAUCAUCCUGGAGGUACUCCUCAUUCCACUACUACUACUACAGGGCCGGUGUUGGGAUGUGGGAAUAAUAACACACAGGAUAAUCACGAGGAUGGAGAUAUACCGCAUGGAGUGGCUGGUGAUGAUGGGGAGGGGAGUGUGCGUAGUGUGGGGGCAGCACAGGAGAAUCAUCCCUCUUCUUCUUCCACACAUGCUGUUGUGCAUAAUGGUUCUGUGGUGCGGGGAUGUGUGGAUGUGUGUGGCUGGCGGGUACAUGUAGUGGGUUUCUUUGGGGAUGUGAGUGCUCUCCACCCGGCGAGUCCAACAACUACUACUACUACACCUACUAGGAACAAUAAUAAUAAUAACAACAACAUUAAUGAAUCUGUGAUGCGACUGCAGAUGUUUAUUAGUAAAUCUGUAGGGGAUCACAACUGCAUGCAUGUACUCUACGCCGCACUUUACACCUACGUUAUACAGUGGCGAGAGGCCGCAAUGAACGCUCUGAGAGAGUGUAGAUCUCUCUCAGAGACCAUCACACAGGAAGAAAGUUCUCCAACUUCCUUAUCGGAUACAGCUGUUACACUUAAAACACUAAAUGAGAUUGAGAUUGAGAAUGAGAAUGAGAAUAAUAAUAAUGAUGAUGAUGAUGAUGAUGAAAUGACAUGGCCACCAUUGUGUGAUGUAAUUACAACCUGCCGACGGAGUAAUGUUCCUAUGUUGUGUUUCCAACGUAGUGUUCGUGCUAUGUUUAUGGGCAUGGGUAUUGUCUCUGAGGAUGUGCGGAAUACUUCCCUUAGUGAGAUGGAUAAUGUCUCAACAUCCUUAGAGGCAAAUAACACCACCACACUCCAUGAACAGAGUGCCGUAUCCAAAUCUGCCCCACUGGGAAUAUCUCGUAGUGAUGGAAGUGAGGAAGAAACAAGAGUUCAUUACAACACAACAGAUGGAGGUGCUCUUGAAGAGAAGUUUAUGACCAUGUGGCUUGAAGAUAAUAUUCUCUUUGCACGUAUUCCGGAAGAGGUUGCAAGUUCUGCGGUUCACUACGUUGUAGAUUGCAUCUCUCGCAAUGAACACCCAUUAGGUGUAUUGCAAACCAAACUCUCCCAACAUCCUUCUCCUCCUCCUCUCGUAGGAUCAUAUGAAAUAGGUAUACGUCAAUCGACAUCCCAUGCAGAGAAUGGGAACUCUAGUCAUAGUUCUAAUAUUAAUAAUACUACUACUACUGCUACUACCAUUACUACUAAUACUAGUAUGGGUUUAACAGGGAAUGAUAUUGUGAAUGAGCGGGCCUUUAAGGUGGUAAAAGGAACAUGUACGGUUCGUAUUGCUGUUCCACAAUUCCCAGAUGAGUUAGUGGUUGUGGAAUCAUGGCCAGAAGAAGGUAUUAGUGUAUCUGAACUCAAAGCAUUAGCCUGUAAACAUAUGAAUACACAUCUUUACUGGGUAGUGGGGGUCUCUGAGGCGGCACAGCGAACGGCGGCGGCCACAUUUGCUGCAUGGAAGUCCAAUGAAAUGCCUAUUGAAAUAAGUAACACACAUACCGAGUCCAUUGUGAAAACAACUGACUCUAUCACAUCAACAACGAUGAUAAUGACGAUGUCUGUUGGGGAAUCACUACAUCUUGUGGCAUUUUCAUCCAAGACGGAAGAACAGAAUCCAAGAUGCCCAUCUUCAUCACCAACCACCAACCCUCAACACAAACCCAAACAAAAUAAAGAAAAGGAAGAAGAAGAAGAACAACAACAACAACAUCAAAAACAACAACAAGAGGGGAUAUUAGAACGUGGCCGGUUUCCACUGGAGGAACUCCUCUUAGCGGAACUUCGCAACACAAGCAAACAGGCCCGUGAGGCGGAUGUACACGCUCCUAAUUGGGUACGCUGCAGUGAUAAAGCGAGAACACACGCCGGCGUACAGGUGCCAACACCACCAGCGGAUUCCACAGAUAUUUCAGAAACGCAGGCAUUUAUGGCGGCUGUGGCCCAACUUGUUGGGGAUGGCCCGUUGUGUCUAUGGCGAGUUCCACUCACUACUGGGGCUGUGCGUGUGAUUGCCGUUACACCAAAGUUUGUGCGACCAACGCGGAAGAAGCGGAUACGGCGAAGACCCGCACAUCAACGUACACAUAAUAAUACUACUACUAAUACUACCAAUAAUAAUACUACUAAUAAUAAUACUAAUAAUAAUAAUACUAAUAAUACUAAUACUAAUACUAAUCAUAGUAAUAGUAAUAAGAAGAAGAAUGAUGAUAAUACAUUGUUUACAACAAUGGAUAGGAUGGACGCAGCACAGGAAUUAAGUUUGAUCAGGGAACAUGCUAUUAAGGAACAAAUAAGACAUAUACCAUCACCACCUUUGUCACACCAACAAAAUCUUCAUAUCCGAGUAAAAAGUGAUCAUAUCCAUUCAGGUUUCACUGCACCAUUUUUGGGAUUAAGUAUGAAAGCAAAAAAUGCGUUCCCCACUCCCACUUUUGGGGAUAAUCUGACUGAACAACAAUCCAACGAUGCCACAGGAGGUGAUUAUCAUAAGCGUAGUUUAACACAGGUAUCUUGCGUCUCUUCCACUUUUUCCUCUCAUGCACCUCCGUGGGAUGGAACGGUGAACUUUUGGCCUUCAUCAGGGACGAAUGAUCAAAUGUGUUUUUCACCAACCACACUCCCCUGUCCAACGGGCAACUUAUCUUUAUCCCCACAACAACUUAGGAUACAACCCUUUGAAAAUACAAUGGAUCACCGUAUCAAUGGUGUAUUCUGUUUGGGUGAUCAAAGCCUUAGCAGUCACUUUGACAUGGGAAGUCCUUCUCACGCUAAUGGUGGAUUUAAUGAUUUUAAUGCAUUUUUAAUUUCUUCGAGAAGUGGAACUCCCUCAGAACGUGAUGGACGCGCUAAUGGAGCUAUUAACGUUACGGUUCAUCAUGGAAGACCACACUACCGUACUCCAAGUUCAAUUAAUUUUAGCGAUACCGCAAGUAACCAUGAUGGUAGUACCGCAAAAGGACAUACAACAACAAAUACGACAAAGCCUCAAUCUUUAUAUGGCGAUACAUUUCGUCUUGAUUGGAGAAGAUCUAAACAACAAGAUGAUUGA